CAAGGCUGGCAGCCGCAUCCCUCCGAGGCGGGGAUCAAGGCAAGCGGAGCGCCUCGCCCCAUUGGGCGGCCGGCGCCGCAUCUGCCGCAAGCCCGCCCCCUGCCGGCCCUCCCUGGCCUGGUUCCGGGGCCCAGCCAUGGGCGCCGGCGGGGGUCCUCCUCCUCCUCUUCUUCCUCCCGGGCCCCCUUCCUGAGCCGCGGAGCAGACCGGAGCCAGGGCGCGAGGAUGAAAUUCCCGGGCUCGGUCCUGGUCUCGCUCUUCCUCUUCGUGGCGGAGACGGCGUGCGCGCUGUACCUGAGCAGCACCUACCGCUCGGGCGGGGACCGCAUCUGGCAGUCGCUGACGCUGCUCUUCGCCCUCCUGCCCUGCGUCCUGGUCCAGUUCAGCCUGGUCUUCGUCCACCGCGACCUCAGCCGGGACCGGCCCCUGGUCCUCCUGCUCCAUAUCCUGCAGCUGGGACCCGUCGUCAGAUGCGUGGAAGUCUUCUGUAUUUACUUCCAAGCAGGAAGAGUGGAAGAGCCUUAUGUCAGCAUCACCAAGAAGAGGCAGAUGCCAAAAGAUGGACACUCUGAUGAAGUUGAAAAGGAAGUGGGCCAGGCCGAGGGCAAGCUGUUUACACACAGGUCUGCAUUUAGUCGGGCAUCGGUGAUCCAAGCUUUCCUUGGCUCUGCCCCUCAGUUGACGCUUCAGCUGUACAUAUGUGUCCUCCAGCAAGAAAUCACUCCAGCUAGAUGCAUCUUCAUGACCCUUUCUCUCCUAUCAAUUGUCUACGGAGCCCUGCGGUGCAACAUUCUGGCCAUUAAAAUCAAGUAUGAUGACUACGAUGUCAACAUCAAGCCGAUGGCCUAUCUUUGCAUCUUCCUCUGGAGGAGCUUUGAGAUUGCCACUAGGGUGAUAGUCCUUGUCCUCUUCAGUUCGGUCCUUCAGAUCUGGACCCUCCCUGUGGUGCUUGUGAACUUCUUUGUCUUUUUCUUUCACCCAUGGAUUCUCUUCUGGCAAAGUAAGUGUACUUUGCCAGAAAAUAUAGAGAAGGCUUUGAGCAAAGUGGGCACCACGAUUGUCUUAUGUCUUCUCACUUUCCUGUAUGCUGGUAUCAAUAUGUUUUGCUGGUCAGCUGUUCAUCUGAAACUAAGUGAUGCUGAUUUAAUUGACAAAACCCAGAACUGGUGUAGGCUGGCUUUGUAUUACCUGCUGAGGUUCCUUGAGAAUGCUUUUCUCUUGUUGAUGUGGUAUAUGUACAAGACAGAUGUCUACACUUAUGUAUGUGCCCCAAUGCUGUUCCUGCAGCUGCUCAUUGGCUAUUGCAUAGCUGUCCUUUUUAUGCUUGUGUUUUACCAGUUUUGCCACCCAUGUAAAAAGCUUUUCUCCUCCAAUAUUUCAGAAGGAUUGGUGCUAUGCUUCAAGUUCUUUUGCUCCAUCUGUAAACCCCUUGGAUCUAGCACCUCUGUGGAAAAGGCAGAUUUGAAAUCACAAGAGGAUUUUGAAAAUGACACAGUUGCCAGUUACAAAACAAAUGAAACCCAGAAUGGAAAUGCCCACCAAAGUGUUUCUUCCAAUGCCUAGAGCAAGUAUCUGAUAUUCAAGAGAUAACAUGUAAACAUUACAUAGCCAUUGAUCACUGCCUCCAAGCCAUGUGUGUCUCACUUUGAGGAUGGAAGAAUGUUCAACUAAUUCUUUGCCAUUGAAUAUGUCUGAGCAGAUGGUCAUAGACUUAGCUUACACAGUGGUUUUGCAUGAUAGCAUGUCUUCUGAUUAUAUCUUGCCUUAACAUGGUAGGAGACAUGUUGUAUUAGUGAGAUGCUGCAAUACAAGUUUGGUUCUUUUUGUAAAAUAAUGACGUUCUAAUCAUUAUUGGUCACAAUUUCUGGACAGUAUUCUUGGAUGUAAAUGCCAUCCUAUUGCUUUGGAAUGGACCAUGCAAUUACAAAGUGGCUGAUAAAAGGAACUCUUUUUCAUGCAAAAAGCUCAAGCCAUCAAUGAAAAAGGGAAUUCAGAGUUUUCUUCAAAGACUGGUAUGGACUAACCUCUUCACAUCUUCAUGCUAGAUUUCUUUCUGUGAUGUAAUGUGUUAUUUAAUCUAAUUUAUUCUGGACUGAGUGCAGGAUGGAAGAUGCAAGAAGAAUGUUGCUACUUUAACUUCAGUUUUAUCACUCCUCAUCACCCCACCAGCCAGAUUUUCCUCCUACAUGCCAGAGAUAUUGUCUGCACUCCAAAAGGCAGUUAGAAGAUUUGGUUUUAAGAUUUUUUUUGGUGAUGUAUUAAAUUGCUUUGCUUAGUUCUGUUUUUGCUUUGUACAAUGCUUAAAGAGCUCCUCUGGAUUGUCACAGUGGAUAGCAGUAGCUAAAGAAAUGUAAAUAUCAUUGAAAAACAGUGUUAGUAAUGUCUGACUGAUGUUUUAUUUAAAUAUUUACAUUAUGGCAAACCUAUUGAUAUUACUGAAAACAAAAUGCUAUUUCUAGAAUUCUAGCAUUAUGCUUUUAAUUGAUGUUAAAAGCCACAUUUCCAGAAUCAGUUUUGGAUGCUGAAUUUCAGCAAUGGGAAAUUCAAGUUAACUUUGAAUAAUCUUUUUUUUUUUUUGGCUAUCCGCUGCAUUUUGUAUUUCAUUUUCUCCCAAGGUCCUUGAACUGUUAGCUUACAUUGCAAUUCUAUGUGUGUGUGUUUAGGUGCCUCCUUGUAUUGUAUUUGGUGUAUUCCCUAUGUAGCAACACAAGUCUCCAUAAUAAAUUGGAGAAAAUUCUCCUGUGUCACUUGGGCAGACAACUGGCUAGGAAUCUGAACUAGAUUCAAAGUGAAAUAGUUUGGAUACAUCUUCUUUGAAAUAGUUUACUUUUCAAAUUUCUCAUGCCAAAAUGGCCAGUGGCAGCAUUGACUAAGGGAUUUGGAUAGUUAUAGUCCUGAAAAGUAAAUUUGGCAGACUUUGAAGUUUUGUACUUCCAAUUUCAUUGCCCUAACCGGAGCCCCUAGUGGUGCAAUGGGUUAAAGCACUGAGCUGUUAAACUUGCUGACCGAAAGGUUGCAGGUUCAAAUCUGGGGAGCGACGUAAGCCCCCGCUAUUAGCCCCAGCUUCUGCCAACAUAGCAGUUCAAAAACAUGCAAAUGUGAGUGGAUCAAUAGGUACAACGUCAGCACUUCAGCUUAGAAAUGGAGAUGAGCACCACCCCCCCCCCCCAGAGUCUUUUUAACAGGACUAAUAAUAUCAUAAAUUCAACAGGAAUGGUAAAGCAACAAAAAUUUCAGAAAAACAAUAAUUUUCAAAUAAUUAGGAAUAAUAAAGAUCUGUUUUCAUUAGUGAAGUGCUGACAAUUGUUCACACCAUAAUUGCUAAAUGCAAAGUGAUUUUAAACUGGUUCAGAGGCACAUCAUUCCAUUGGGUCUCCAUUUUAAAAACAAACAAACAUCCAUCAACUUCAUCCUAGUUCUCAAGCCAGUGCCACAAGCCUUAUGUAUGAGCUUGAAAAGUACCACCCUUGUGGGACUAGCAGUCAAGCAUCAGUGCACAUUAGGAUGACAAAUAUGUACGCCAUGUUAUCUUUUUAUAUCAAAUAUAAUACUGUUAACUUAUCUGUUCACAUGUAGCCAACUACCACCUUCACUCCUGGAAUAUUGUUCUCCCCACCCCAACUCACCCCCAGUGGAGCUGGUAUUACUAUUUUACAUUUGGUGAAUUGAUUUCUUUCCAGAAUAAAAUCCCUAAUCUCUUAAAAA